AUGGCCCACAAAUCAAAUGUGGAAUUAGUUGUCACUGACUUUUUCAAUUGGUUAUACUUUCCAGUAAAUCUAAGAAAUAUGCAUUUCAAAGAAGAAAGGUGUUUUUUGCCAAAUUUGUGCUCCCCAAACAGGGGUUAUUUGUUCAAUUUUCUUCCCAAUUUAAGCCUUCACUUCACAACUAUUAGAUUGCUUGGUAAAGUAGGCAGUUACCAAAAGAGGAGAGGUGAACGUUUUUACGGCAAAUCAGCCAAUUUCAUAAAGCACUUGAUUUCAUUUUCAGCGUAUUCAUUGCGAAAAUUAGCCUCUCUACCGAUUGGUACUGCCGUGCCAAGGAGCACUUUGAAGAAGGAGAAAAAUUUAAAACGGGAUCUUGCCAGCGUUCGUGAAGAUCAGGGAAAGGUUCUGACCACCACCGUGGAAUUCCUUAUAACCCACAGCUUCCCUAAUAACUCUAAUGGGAAGACUCUUUUGUGUUUUGUUGACUCAUUGCCGUCGUCAUCGUCAUUAGAUUACGAAGAUGAGGAUGAAUCGACCUGGCAAACGGUAGUCAGACGACCGAAGAGUGGGCCUCUGACGCCUUUUGCGUCCGUCUUACUGAACUUACAUGAAUUUCAAAUCACGUGCUUAAAAUAUCAAAGAUAUCUACUGUUUAAUACUCUUCUAGUAAAUAAAGAGAAAUGCAAUAAAUAUCGUUUUAGGAUUUCUUUCAAAGGAAAUUGGAGUAGCAACAGCCUACAGCAGAUGUUGGACCUGUAUCAUUGUUUUGCAGCAACUCAUGAUGAUGCUGUUGCAUUACUUGAGCAUGGGUGGUCACUUGUCACACAGUUGGAAUCCGCGUCUCCUCAGUUUAGUUUAGUUUCGUCACGGCGAUCACUUUCGGUCAAAGGCAGAUAUUUAUUGUUUGUUUUUUUGCGUGAAAUUCAUUCGUCUUCUACAGCCUUGAAAAGUGAACCACUCAGUGCUUUACCGUGUUCAGUUUUUUUCCAAAAAAAAAAACAUUCGUCUUCAAAACUUUUUCUCAAAUCAGUUCUUCCAGACUUGGAAGGGCACUGCCUUAAAGAAGAAAUACGCACUUUUAAGUGGAUGAAACAUCCCAGAACAAGAAACUACUACGACAAAAGAACAACCAAUUUAUUCACACAAAAAGAUCACAAUUUUGGUGAAACACCACGUAAAAAGUGA